CCCAUCCACAGCACGCACCCAUCUCCCGACCUCCACCCGCCGCCGCCGUCGUCGUCGCCGUCGCCGCCGGUUGCCGGAGCUCGGCUUUCGCCAGGGGCAGGGGGGGGACAGCUAACCCGCACCCCUGCUUCUGCUCGGCUCUCGGAACCAGGCGGUUCCCCCCCAAACCUCCCCCCAUCCUGCUCCUGCGAAUGGCCGCUUCUCCCCCCAAAUCCCUGCCCUGAAUUCCGCAGGUCGACGGCGCCAUGGGUACCGACGCGGUCCGCCCACCUUCUGCUCGCCGUGCGGCCCGAGCCCGCAGCACGCCGUCGGGUGGGGAAGCGCCACCGGGGAGCUCCGGCCGUAGGGGGCGCCCCAGCCAGGCCGCCGUAGCUGGCGAACGCGGCGCUCGGCGCCGAGCCGCCGCGGCCGCCGCCGCCGUUGAGGUUCUCAAGAGCCCUCGCCGUGGCCGCCCCAAGAAUCAACCAUCACCGCCACUGAAGCAGGAGGAGAAGGAUGAGGGGAAUGAUGAGCAUGUGCGCUAUGACUGUGCUUUUCAGGACGAGGAGGACCAUGCUUUUGCACCACCAGUUCUUGUUUGGGGCAAGGUGCGGAGCCACCCAUGGUGGCCAGGCCAGGUGUUUGAUGCCGCAGAUGCUUCUGAGCUUGCACUAAAGUACAAGAGGGCAGAUGCCCCCCUCGUAGCCUAUUUCUGGGACAAGACCUUCGCUUGGAGCGAUGCUUCCACGCUUCUUCCAUUCUGCUCCAACUUCACACGCCUUGCCAGCCAGAGCACCAUGUCUGGUUUCGUGUCCGCUGUUGAUGCGGCUCUGCAAGAGGUUGGUCAGCGUGUAGAGAUAGGCCUCUCAUGCACCUGCUUUGGUAGUGGCAUUGGCAAGAGGCAAGAGAUUCAGAAUUCUGGUAUCCGGGAAGGAGCUUAUGGUGCCGUUGUAGAUGGUGCAUACAUGAGGGACACAUUCCGUGGUAGACCAUUUCUUGACUAUAUCCUAGCCCUGGGAAUGAAUCCAUUGGCUGGUGCCGACCGUCUUGAACUUACAACUGCUAAAGCACAGCUUAGGGCAUUCAAUUGCUCAAGGGGUACAAGGCACCUCCCUGAGUUUGUGAUCUUUGAGGGGAUUGAGGAUGUUUCUGUAGUGACUCCACACACCAAGAGGAGAAGGAUGAAGGGAAGUGGUGGGGAUGAUGUUGUGGACACUAAGAAGAAGCCAAGGCGUGGUGAGAAUUCAUCACUCAAGAAAAAGGCUCUGGCUCUGUCGGAAGCUGCAAAAAACGAGGUUGUGGAUAAGGAAGGUUCUGUGCCAAGUAUAGGAGCAACCGAUGAUACAUCGAGUAAAACAAAUAAGUCCAAGAAUAAGAAAAGUGCAACAAAGAAGAACAAAAACACCUCAAAAGAUGCAAAUGUACUUGAAACAGUUGGUCCAGGCAAAAGGCUGUCCAAGAAGGCUGUGGAUAAAAUGUUGAGUGAGAGCAAAUUAGUGCAUACACCAAGAUCCACACGCAUGAAGAGAGGCACUCCAAUGGCCUUGAAAGGUCGGGGAAAGGAUGGUGGUGCUGACUCAUUAAAGGGGGAUGAGAAGAAUACUGCUUUUCUCAAGCAGAAUAAGCUAGGGCGUAGAGCUGGCUCUGCACACAGGAAGGAUAAAAUCAUAUGGGAUGGGGAUGGACAUGAAGAUGGCAGUGCCAACGUAUCUGUUUCUCCUGGCAAGAAGAGGUCGGGGCAUGGCAAAACCGUUGCUACGAAAGAGCCAAUCUCAGAGCAGGGUAGGAAGAAGAAAAAACUUUCUGAACUUAUGGCAGUGGCAGAUAAACCUGAUUCCUCAUCUGGUGAUAAGAGCAAGGCUCGAAGCAAACAUUUUACGCAUGCAUCAGAUGAAAAACUUGAGGAUCCUGAUCAUGCUUUGAAGGAUACAAUGAAUACUAGGAAAAGAAAGAAGCAUGCAUCAGUUGAGAAACUUGAGGAUCCUGCUCGUGAUUUGAAGGAUACAAUGAAGACUAGGAAAAGAAAGAAGCUUGACACAUUGGCGGAUUUGUCUUCGCAGCCACAACGUGCCUCUCGCAAGAGCACCACAAAGGUUGGAAAAUUGAUGCACAAAGCUGCAGGUCAAAUGUCACAGACACCACCUGUUCUCAAAGCUAAUGGUGCGGUAUCUCAGAAGAAAUCUCGCAGGACUAAGGUCAGAAAAGCAAAUAGUGGAGAAAAAUCUGUGCAUCCAUUGAAGGUGAAUAAGGGCAAGACAGACGCCUUGACAGAAAAUUCUCUUCAUUGCCCUGAAAUUCUGUCACAGCUCUCCCUAGCAGCAUUUAAUCUUAAGAAGAGAGAGAAAUUUGCUACUGCAAGCAUGAAUUUCUUUACUGAUUUCAGGAAGUAUUCAUAUGCUUCUAGGUUGGAUGUCGAGCAGGAGAUAUAUAAUAAGAUAGACAAUGUUGAUGAGGAUAUGCCUGAGAAGGCUGCCUGCACUGAGCUCACUCCCUCGGAGGAGCCCUUGGCUGAUCAUAUGCAGGACGAUUAUUGGGCUGACAUUCUGAUUAGCGUGGAGGAACCACUGUCUAGUCUCAAAAAGAAGAAAGAUAAGGGUGUGAGCAGAACAAGCAAGAAGGCACAGCAUGUAAAAAAAUCUGCCAUGAAAUCACCAAUAUCUCUGGGAAAUGUAGGUGAACCAACUGUUGAACCCAGACAAGAUUUGGAGAACAGGGAGCAACCGAAGGUUGAAACCCAACCAAGUAUUGCAAAUGGAGCUAAAGUAAGCUCCGAAGAAGUGGAAAAUUCCUCUCUUGCUGGACUAGUGCUGCACUUCAGCAGGCCAGGUGCUGUUCCAUCACGCAGCGACCUUAUCAAAAUCUUUAGCCAAUAUGGACCCGUCAAUGAAGCCAAGGCAGAGACUGCAAACAAUGCGAACUGUGCUCAGGUGAUCUUCAAGAGGCGCAUGGAUGCUGAGGCGGCAUUUGCAGGCGCAGGGAAAAUCAGUGCUCUUGGACCAGCUCUUGUUAGCUUUCGCCUCUCGGACUUCCCAGCCACUACCUCAGGAAAUGAUCCUCGGCAAGGUGCAUCAAAGGGUGAAUAGGGUGUUCCCCACCAUUUGAAGCUGUUAUACUUGGUGAGGUGAAGGAGAUUAGUCAGAAAAGAUGUAUGUUAGGCGGUAGAUUGUUACAGGAUCAAGCAUUCAUAGGAACAAAAGGUCGUGCAUUUGUCAUGUAAACAUGUGAUGUUGUGCCAUCUGCAGAUUAGAUCAAUGACCAAUAGGCUGUCUCUGUAUGAACAUGUUGUAAGCUGAUUGGUACUAAAAAGUUGCACCUCAUUUGUCAA